UAGGCGGUGCUGCCGGUAGCUGGGUGCUGUCCAAAGGCGACGGGACGUCGUUGGGGGAGCGAGCUGUGACCGGCUGGGCCGCACUUAACGUGGGAAGAAGCUUCGACUACUGUUUGCGUGCGGCCUUCCCUUGAUGUCGGCCCUCGAGAAGAGCAUGCACCUCGGCCGCCUGCCCUCUCGCCCUCCGCUUCCCGGCAGCGGGGGCAGUCAGAGCGGAGCCAAGAUGCGGAUGGGCCCUGGAAGAAAACGAGACUUUUCCCCUGUUCCUUGGAGUCAGUACUUUGAGUCCAUGGAAGAUGUGGAAGUAGAGAAUGAAACUGGCAAAGAUACUUUUCGAGUUUACAAGAGUGGUUCAGAGGGUCCAGUCCUGCUCCUUCUGCAUGGAGGAGGCCAUUCUGCCCUGUCCUGGGCUGUGUUCACGGCAGCAAUCAUUAGUAGAGUUCAAUGUAGAAUUGUGGCUUUGGAUCUGCGAAGUCAUGGUGAAACAAAAGUCAAGAAUUCUGAAGACCUGUCUGCAGAAACAAUGGCAAAAGAUGUUGGCAAUGUGGUUGAAGCCAUGUAUGGGGACCUUCCUCCUCCAAUUAUGCUGAUUGGGCAUAGCAUGGGUGGUGCCAUUGCAGUCCAUACAGCAUCAUCCAACCUUGUGCCAAGUCUUCUGGGUCUGUGCAUGAUUGAUGUUGUGGAAGGUACAGCCAUGGAUGCACUUAAUAGCAUGCAGAAUUUCUUACGUGGUCGUCCUAAAACUUUCAAGUCUUUGGAGAAUGCUAUUGAAUGGAGUGUGAAGAGUGGCCAAAUUCGAAAUCUGGAAUCUGCUCGGGUCUCCAUGGUUGGCCAAGUCAAACAGUGUGAAGGAAUUACAAGUCCAGAAGGCUCAAAAUCUAUAGUGGAAGGAAUCAUAGAGGAAGAAGAAGAAGAUGAAGAAGGAAGUGAGUCAGUAAACAAGAGGAAAAAGGAAGACGACAUGGAGACCAAGAAAGACCAUCCAUACACCUGGAGAAUUGAACUGGCAAAAACAGAAAAGUACUGGGAUGGCUGGUUUCGAGGCUUAUCCAAUCUCUUUCUUAGUUGCCCUAUUCCUAAAUUGCUGCUCUUGGCUGGUGUUGAUAGGUUGGACAAAGAUUUGACCAUUGGCCAGAUGCAAGGGAAGUUCCAGAUGCAGGUCCUGCCCCAGUGUGGCCAUGCAGUCCAUGAGGAUGCCCCUGACAAGGUAGCUGAAGCUGUUGCCACUUUCUUGAUCCGGCACAGGUUCGCAGAGCCCAUCGGAGGGUUCCAGUGUGUGUUUCCUGGCUGUUAGUGACCUGCUCACCACCCCUCCCUCAGCAUCGAGCUCUGUUGUAAAUACAUCGCACCAGAGGCCACUGUGAUGCCGCUGUCUCCUCACCAUCCUGCCCGGCCACGUGACACCGGCUCCCUGUAGACGGGCAUUCCCAGUUGUACAAACCGUUCUGUGUAUUCCUGCCAAAAGCAUUGUUUUUCAGGGUCCCCAGCUGUUCCCCUUUCUCUGCACAGGGCCCAGCCCUGCCUUGCCUGGGAUGAAUCCUCUGGAGCUGCUACCCUGGGCCACAUUCCUGGCAUCUGGCAGUGCACAUGGGUCCCAGUGUCUCCAGACUCAGGGACCUCCAUUCCUUGAGAGUGUUCUUGGCAUGGUCCUGCCCUCCCUCCUCGGGUAGAAAAUGCACAAGGUGGUCCCUGUUUUUCCCUUUAAAAUAAAACACCAGUCAGGUACCUUUUUAUCCCAGUCUUAACACUUCCAGGUUUGGAAAACCCAGAGGCCAGGCUUCCAUCCUUAGGUACAGGGAGGGGUAGUGGAUAGAUAGUAUCCAAGAAACCAGCCUGAAAGUCAGGCCAGCCAGUCCAAGCACAUAGCCUCCCACUGGGAGAGCCCCCUGUCCCACUCCCCCACGUCUGGGCACCUGUCCUGGGCUGAGGCCAGGCUGCUCUAGGGGCCUCUUGAGCCCUCAACUGUUGCUGAGCAACCCAGGUUCAGUACAGCCCAUGCACAAAGCCACAGGCUAAAGCCUGGGGAGUUGUUUUUUAAUAAAUUUAACCAUUUCCAUAGUUGGUUCCUGGAGGUGUGCAGAGUGCCCGCUUGCCUCUUCUAGCCCCACCGUCUCUUGUGGCCAUUUGUGGUUUCCCUGUCACUCUACAAUACAGUCCAGCAGUCCCAGUCUUGUCCUCUUCCAGCUGCGUCACUCCACUGUGGCCUCCCCUGCUACCCAGGCACGCUGUUUCCAAGGGUAGGGAGGGGCUGUCUCCUGCAGCCCAUCUUUUCUGUGCCUGUCUUAGGUGAGGUGUAGCCCCUUCCACGUUUCCAUCCAACAACUUCCUGUCCUGUCCUGCUGCACGGUCCGGAGUCUGGGACCCACUUUGUUUCUUUGUUAUUUAUGACCUUGUUUAAAGAAAAUAAAUAUCUCCCAACCUUUAUU